GUUUCGUAAACCCAGCAAGGUGUGGUUUCUAUCCAAAAGCGGCCAGCUUCCGUCUAUUCACAGCAGACCAUUAUCUGCGCAACAGUCGGGAGACGGGGAGGGGAGAGGUGCGCGGUGUGUUUGCUCUGUCUGGACAGCGGAGCGGAACCGACCAGAGACUUUCGCAGAAGACGAAAACAAUUAAACAAGGCAACAACUCGGCCGACAUGAGUAUGUACGGCUCCAGCUCAAAGCUGGCCACCAUGGGCCAGAGAAGUAACUCGCGACAGGACUUGGCGAAUGCGAGUUUUCGAAACGACGUGUUCGUCGGUGGAAACGGCUUCCAUGGAGACUACCAAGCGGGGGACGGCUUGACCUCCUUCACCACCUACUCCAGGACCUCCAUGCACGGCGGAGGGGGACAGAAGGUGUCCACCAGCAUGGGUGGAGGCGGUGGAAUGAAUGCACAGGCAAUCCAUCAAAAAUCGUUGUUCCUGACAAGCCAGUGCCAGGAAUACCUGCAGAGAGCAAAGUUGAUCCUCCAUGGUGGGGGUCCAGCUGUGGAGGCAGACAAACUGUUGAGCAUGGCUGCAGAGAGCAUGGAUCAGCUGACAGUCUUUGGCAGAGAGCUGCAGCAAAUGCGUAUUCCCAAUGACCUCUCCAGAAACGUAGAGCAGUUCCAGCACAUGCAUGCUGGGCUCCAACAGCAAUUAGUCGGUGGUAUGACCAUCAGACGAAACCGAGGCAGCGUGGGCUCCCUCGAAGGGGGGAGGAUCUAUAAUGAUGCCAUGGGCUGGAUCGCUCAACAGAAGCGCAUGAUUGAGACGGCUCCAUGGGGAGAUGACGCCGAAACAAUAGAAAAGCAAAUCCAAAGCCACAACAAAAACCACAGCUCCAUCCAGAGGAGCCAGGAAGUAGACCGUGCCAGAGAUGAACUGAACGUGAGGGGCGACAAGUACAACCUGUCCAUGCUGGAACAAGAAUGGGAGAGCCUGCAGAAAAUGUCCCACAGCCGCGUGCAACAGCUGCGUGAGCUCCAGGGCAUCAUCAAUGAGAUCUCCCGAGCCAUCAUGUGGGUGAACGAGAGAGAGGAGGAAGAGCUCAUGUUUGACUGGGGUGACAAGAACAUCGACCAGUACAUCCCCAGGAAGCAGGAGAGCUACUCGGACCUGAUGCGGGACCUGGAGGAGAAAGAGAAGGAGCUAAACAAGCUGAAGGUGAAAGCAGAUGGACUCCUGAACAACAACCACCCCGCCUCUGAUAAGAUUGAUGCCUACAUGGACACCUUACAGACCCAGUGGAGCUGGCUUCUCCAGAUCACCAAGUGCAUCGACACUCACCUGAAGGACAACGCGGCCUACAGCCAAUUUUUCAAGGAGGCCAACGAGACCCACGCCAAGCUGCAGAAAGAGUACGACUCCAUCAGAAACAAGUUCACGUGUGACAAGAACACCCCGCUGGAUAACCUCAAUGAACUCCUGAGAAACCUGGAGAGAGAGAAGGAGCGCGUAAUGGAGAAUAAGAGGCAGGUCCAAAGUCUGGUCAACAAAUCAAAGUCCAUUGUCCGGCUGAAACCUCGCAACCCUGAGGAGAAAACCACCAGCCCCGUCAUGGUCCAGGCCAUAUGUGACUUCAAACAAGACCAGAAGGGGAUUUUAAAAGGGAACGAAGGCAUCCUGAAGGAUAACUCGCAGCGCAGCAAGUGGCUGGUGACGGGACCCGGAGGUCUGGACAUGUUGAUCCCCUCUGUGUGUCUGAAGAUCCCCCCACCCAACCCGCUCAGCAUCGGCCUUGCCAACAAGAAUGAGCAGUAUUAUGACGCCAUCAUGAGCAGCUGGAAUCAGCUCUUCAUCAACAUCAAGAGCCUCAUCUCGUGGCAAUACUGCCUCAGAGACAUGAACUACAUCAGCUCCCUCACUGUCAGCAUGCUGUCUAAGAUGCGUCCUGAUGAGUACCGCAGUAUCAUCAAAAGACUGGAGACUCACUACCAAGAGUUCCUGCGUACCAGCCAAGGUUCUGAGAUGUUUGGGGAAGAGGACAAGAAAACUAUCCAGGGCCACUUUGAUAAAGCCCAGACCCACUAUGAUACCCUGAUUAUCCAGCUGCCUACAGAUGGAGGGGAGAAGACUGAACCCCCAAAACCGGAACCCAGCAAGCCGUCUUCCAAGAUCCCAAAGACCAAUGUCCCAACCAGCUCCACCCUCAGCCUCACCCUGCUCAGCAGCCUGCAAAAUCUUCGAUGCAGGCUGGAGCUGGCGGAGUCCGGUCUGACCAGUCAUCUCCACGUUCCCCUCGGGGACAACGGUGUGCACGAGUGCUCAGUGCACAUCCAGAAGCUGCAGACUGUGCACCAAGACUUGGACUCCAUUCACGAUGAGUACCUGCUACUAAGAGAAAAGAUCCUAAAGCAGCUGGAGGGGAUACCUGCCGACUCCGAGCAAGCCAAGUUCCUCCGCUCUGAACUGGAAAUCAUCAACCAGAAACUGGGAGGCCUGCAGGGUCUCUACCCAGCCUACGUAGAAAGGCUGUCAGCUCUUAAGGCCUUGCUCCAGAGCCUUCUCCAGGCUGAGGAUAUUGUUAAAGUCCAUGAGGCCCGGCUGACAGAGAAGGAGACCACCUCUAUGGACCUUCGGGAGGUGGAAAACUAUCGGAGCACGCUCAAGCAAAUGAAGAGCGAUCUGGAGCAAAAAAGAGACCUGCUGACAGCUAUGGAGUCUGACCUGGCUAAAGCUGUGCACUGGAAUGGUCAAAUCUCAGAGUCCUUCCACAAGUGUGACGUGGACUUGUCCAAGUACUCGGACCUGGUGGGUCAGAUGUCUGACCGCUGGCGCCGCAUCCAAACCCAGAUUGAACGCAGAGGGUGGGACUUGGAGAAGCAGGAGAAACAGCUGAAUCAUUAUCAGCAGAGCAGCACUCUCCUGCAACAGUGGAUAAACGAUGCCAGGAAGCGCCAGGACACGCUCCAGGCGGUGAAACUCAGCGACAUCCAGACUCUGAUGGACCACCUCAACCAGCAGAAGGCCCUUCACACUGAAAUUAAAGGAAAGCAGGAGAAAGUAGAGGUUGUGCAGAAAAACGCGGACACCUGCGCUGGCUCCAUUAAGGACUACGAGCUGCAGCUGGCUUCCUACAGUUCAGGCCUGGAAACUCUGCUUAAUAUUCCUGUCAACAGAACGAUGUUGCAGUCGCCCGCUUCUGUGGUCAGACAAGAGGCGGCUGACCUCCAGUCUCAAUACAUAGAGCUGCUCACCCGCUCUAGUGACUACUACAGGUUCCUAGGGGAGCUGCUGAAGAACAUGGAAGAGCUGAAGAUCAGGAACACCAGGAUCGAGUUGAUGGACGAGGAACUGAAGCGUCUGAAGGACGACAUCCAGGAUCGCAACCAGAAAAACAAGUCUCUGGAGGAUACUUUGGACCGCUACAAGCUGGAGCUCAGUCAGUCACAAGAACAGCUCUGUUCUAUGGAGGAAGUGAAGAGAUUCACGGCAAUAAAAGUUAACGCGACCAAGGAGAGCCUGGACAGCACACACAGCCAGCUCCAAGAUCUGAAUGAAGAGCUGAUCCGUAUCAAGUACCAGCUGGAUGAAGAAAAGAGGAAAAGAAGGUUGGCAGAGGAGCGCUACACCAGCCAGCAAGAGGAGUAUGAGGGGACUGUUCGUCGCAGACAGAAAGAACUGGAAGAACUCAACUGGAGCAAGAUUGACUUGGAAAAGUCUGUGAAGGACAAGGAACGUGAACUGGAGAGGAUGAAGACACAGCUGGACGAGGAAGGGGCACGUCGACGAAACGCUGAAUCAGAUAUAUCAAAGAUAUCCAUGAGGAUGCAUGAUUCCCAAAGCCAGUACAGCGACCUACUGCUGGAGAGGGACAAUUUGAUAACCAAGCUUAAACUGCUGGAGCAAGACAAGACUCGUCAGCUGCGCAUAGAGGACGAGCUCACUCGCAUCAAGCUCACACUAGAGACCGAGCUCCGCAACAAGCAGCGGCUGCAAGAUGAAAAGAGUACCGUCCUUAAGGAUUUCAACUAUAUGAAGAGCCAGUAUGAGCUGAGAGAAUGCCACAUCAAGAAGUUUGAAUCAGACAGAGACCAGGCUGAUCGGGAAAGGCUCAACCUGAAGAACGAGAUCGAGAAGCUCAUGAGGGAGCUUAAGACUGUUGAGGAGAGGUACAAGAGUCGUCUGAUGAUCUCUGAAAAGGAGGCUUCAGACCUGGCUCUCAAGAGAAUUGCCCUGGAGAAAGAGAUACAGAGGCUGCAGAAGAUCGAUCCAUCCAAGCUGAUAUUUGAAGGGGUGCGUCACAAAGUCACCGCCCACCAGCUUUGCGACUGUGGCAUAAUCAGUAAAGCCACACUAGACCAGCUCCUAAAGGGAAAAAAGAGCGUGGAUGAGGUAGCUGUGGACAUCCAGCUUAGUCUAAAGGGCACCGGCAUCAUUGCUGGCAUGACAACAUGUAACCAAGGGAAAAUGCCAUUCACUGAAGCAAAAACCAAGAAUCUCCUCAGCAAAGAAAGUGCCAUCAUGCUUCUGGAAGCUCAAGCUGCAACUGGCUACAUAGUGGACCCCGCAUUUAAUGAAAGGAUGCCUGUAGAUACUGCCUGCUCAAGAGGGAUCGUAGACACCGAAGACAGGGACACCCUGGUGACAGCUGAAGCAGCUAGCACAGGCUUCAAAGAUCCAUACAGUGGCAAAGUGUUGUCUGUGGGUCAGGCUUGCAAACAGGGCCGCGUCAACAAAGACACAGCCAUCCGCUUGCUCCAGGCUCAAGAGUCUGUGGGAGGCAUAUUGGACCCUGUUCUGAGUGUGUUCCUUCCAAGAGACCUGGCCUUGGAUCGCAAUCUUAUUGAUGAGGAUCUCUACAGGGCUUUGGGCAAAAACCCGCGCUACCUGGAGCCGUCAACUGGAGAGAAGAUAACCUAUAAUGACCUUAGGAAGAAGUGUACAGUGGAACCUGUUUCUGGCCUGCUUCUGCUCCGUGGUCCGGAAAAGGCCAUGACAGUGAAGGGUCUCCGUGGCGAAGUCCCUGUUGAUGAGCUCAUCAAAUCCGACCUGCUGGAUGAAACUGAUUUGGCGAAGCUCAAACAGGGCAAGCUCAGCAGCAGAGAAAUUGAAGACAAGCUAAAGUCCUAUCUCUAUGGCUCUACCUGCAUUGCGGGGAUCUAUGAUGAAGCCAAUGAGCGCAUAAUGCCCUUCUAUCAAGCAAUGAGGGAAGGCCUGCUCAUGAGAGGAACCACCCUGGAGCUCCUUGAGGCCCAAGCGGCUUCUGGCUUCAUUGUUGAUCCAGUCAACAAUGUGUUCUUGACAGUAGAGGAGGCCUCAAAGAGAAGCCUAAUAGGAAAUGAGUUUAAGAAUAAGCUUUUGUCUGCAGAGAAGGCCGUAACUGGAUACAAAGACCCAUCCACAGGAAAGACAAUCUCCCUCUUCCAGGCUAUUGAGAAAGAUCUUAUUGAGAAAGGUCAUGGAAUCCGUCUUCUGGAGGCCCAAAUUGCCAGCGGCGGAAUUAUUGACCCCAAAGCGAGCCACCGUAUUGAUGUUGCUGUCGCCUACACAAGGGGAUAUUUUGAUGAGGAGAUGAAUGAGAUCCUUAGUUAUGAAGGAGAUGACACAAAAGGGUUCUUUGACCCUAAUACUAAGGAGAACCUGACCUAUCUUCAGCUUAAGGACAGGUGCAUGACAGAUCCCAAGACAGGCCUCAUACUCCUGCCGCUCAGAGACAAGAAUAAGCCCAAGAAGUCACAGGAGAGCCGCAGCAAUGUCCUUCGCAAGAGGCGAGUUGUGAUCGUUGACCCAGACACUGGGCUGGAGAUGUCAGUGAGGGAGGCCUAUCACCGGGAGCUAAUUGACUAUGACACUUUCCUGGACUUGUCCGAGCAGGAGUGCGAGUGGGAGGAAAUAACUAUCAAGGGCUCUGAUGGCUCUGCACGUUUGGUGAUAGUGGACAGGAAAACGGGAACCCAGUAUGACAUCCAGGACUGCCUGAAACGCAGUGUCAUCGAGCAGAAGUCUUUGGAUCAGUAUCGUGCCGGAACACUUACGUUGACCCAGUUCGCUGACCAAAUAACCAGCAGAACCAGCAGCAUUGAGAUGACCAUUGCGGCCAGCAAUGUUGAUGACAUGGUCACCUGCAGCAGUCCCACCCAGCUCGCGCCUUCUUCUCCUACUGUUCGUAAACGCUUCAACAGUAUUUCGAUCACUGUUUCCCCCCCUGAGAUGUUUGAUGACCACAGCCCUGUGGCGGCUAUAUUCGACACAGAGACCUUGGAGAAAAUCACUUUGUCAGAAGCGCUCCGAAGAGGCCUCGUUGACACUAUUACAACCCAGAGGCUCCUGGAGGCCCAGACAUGCACAGGUGGUAUUAUCAACCCCGCCACCGGUGAGAGAUUGUCGCUACAGGAUGCUGUCCAUCAGAGUGUCAUCGAUGACAGCAUGGCCUCAAAGCUGAAACCUGCCCAGAAAGCCUAUGUUGGUUUUGAGGAUGUGAAGACUAAGAGGAAGAUGUCCGUAGCAGAGGCAGUGAAGGAGACGUGGUUGCCCUAUGAAGCGGGCCAGAGAUUUUUGGAGUUUCAGUACCUGACCGGAGGCCUGAUAGAGCCCGGCAGUGGACGACGUGUCACCAUCGAAGAAGCUAUCCGCACAGGUUGGCUGGACGGUCAAGGGGCCCAGAAGCUUCAGGAUACACGGAACCACAAGAAGAACCUGACCUGUCCCAAGACCAAACUGAAGAUCUCCUACAAGGAAGCCAUGGACAGCUGCAUGGUGGAAGAAAGCAAUGGUAUGAAGAUGCUGCAGGCCUCCUCAAUGUCCACCAAGGGAAUCAGCAGCCCUUACAAUGUCUCCAACCCAGGUUCUCGCUCUGGGUCCAGGGCUGGGUCCCUAGCCAGCUCCAGGAAUGGAUCUCGUAGAGGCAGUGUGGAUUAUUCCUCCACUUUCAGCUAUAGCUUCUCCUCCAACAGUGCCAUAUAGUGCUAUAACAUAUAGUGCUAUAACUCCAACACUUAAUCUUAAUACACAGCAUAAAAAACGAAUAAUACUAGACUAGUUAUUACCAGCAGUUCCUAUGUAAUAUGAGUAUUUUUGUAAUACUUUGCUUUUCUAAAUGUUUUUCUGCUACCUUUUAACUAUGAGAUUUUGGGAGUUUUUAAAUACUGUAUCUGAUUCAGAAUUCAUUUAAAUGUUUUGCUUAAGUGCAGUUUUUGGUGUUUUGGUGUUUCAAUAUUCAAAUGAAUAGAGAGUAUGAUUACUACUUCUAAAGCAUAUAUGCUGAUUGAAUAUAUUUGUCAUUGCUCAUUUUAAUAUAUGGCUUUUUUAGAAUUUAACAAUGUGUUAUUAGAAAAUAUGCUUGUUCACCUCAGCUUCAGCAUGCAGUCAAAAUUAAGUUUCAUAAUGUUUAUUGUUUAUUUGCAUCUUGACUUAUGUAUGUUUUAAUUUUUUUAAAGAUUUCUUUUUUAAUUGCAAUUGCUAAAGUUUAGCUUAAAGUACUGACUUACAAUCUAAUGAUCACCAAUGACAAUUCCUUGUCACUAAAAUGUUAUUCUCACCUGA